GCUGCAGCGGGUACUGGUGGGAGAUUUGUAUGUCCUCAGAGGGAAGUUUGUUGUGAGUGUGUGCUGUGUCUGUGCUUCACCAAAAAAAGCAUGGCUCACAACUUUCAGACAUCCACUCUGUCUCUCACUUUGCCGAUUUCGUGCCAGAUAUGUCUCGGAAAGGUAAGGCAGCCCGUCAUUUGUGCCAACCACCACGUGUUCUGUUCAUCCUGCAUGGAAAUGUGGUUAAAGAAAGCCAGCCAGUGUCCCACCUGCAGAGUCCCCAUCACGGCAGAGAACCCCUGCAGAGAAAUCAUCGGGGGCACAAAUGAGAGUGACCAUAAUGACAGUCCUUCCAUGAGGAAAUGUCUCAGAAAAACCAGAGGAGAACUGCUUUUGCGAGAGUAUGAGGAGGAAGUAGAAGGGCUCAUGAGAGAAAAUGAGGAGCUGAAAACGAGAACUCAAAGUCUGGAGUCUCAACUAAGGACUGCUUUGGAUCCCUGCAGCAUUAAUACAGUGCAAAGAGACGACAAAAAAGUUGACCCCUACAUCCUAGAGGAAUGGACGAACAAGCUGCGAGCUGCCUCCGAUGUUUGUGAUAAAGUAAAGCAGGACAUGGAUAAGCUAAAGGAGGCAAACAAGGCAUUACGAUCUCAAAAUGUCGACCUUGUACAAGAGAAUAUAAGACUGAAAGCAGAGGUGGCGAGCAGAUCUCCUCAGAAGUUUGGGCGUUACACAGUGGCAGCACUGGAGGCUAAAAUCCAGCAGUAUGAGCGUGAUGUGGACCACUUGAAGAGGGCUCUAGAGCGCAGUGACCAGUACAUCGAAGACCUGGAGUCUCGGGUUAGAAAAAGUGAGAAGGGACGUCUUGAAGGCCAGGAAGCAUGCAGGAAUAGCAAGGCUGGAUCAGAGGAUCUCACACAGCAGCAGAAAAUCAACAUGAUGAUGAGAAGUUUGAGUGACAAUGAGAGGGCAUUGAUCUGCAGCAAUCCAGUGGCAGAGGUGCAAACAUUUCCUAGAAAUCACAAUUUAAUGUUCAUCCCAUCUGCAGAUCACAGAGCGUCUGAUAAGACUGGAGACCAGAAAAACGAGGAUUUGGAAAGCACCUCCUCUGACUUUUUGCCCACCACUCCGUCCGCUGCUUUCCGGUCCCUGACUCUGAGAAGCCCCGGCAUCCGUGAAAAAAAAGUUGCAUUUAAGCCUGCGUCUUAUCUGAGGAGGCUUGAUUUUGAGGAGUUUCCUAAUCCUGCCAAGAGUAACAGCACCAUGGAGAACCAAUUCAGCAGCCUCGACAAACUCAUCAAAGGUUUGUCUCCAAAUACUGAUGUGGAGCCCUCAAAGUCUGUCUUCUGGGGUGGUUGGCAGAGAUCUAAAUCUAAUGACAAGUCAUGUCCAGGUCCAAGUAAAGAAAGCUUAGUUAGAGGCACCACAUCCACUACUCUUUCAUGUGAAGAGUCUGAUGGUUUCCAAAUGUCCAGCGAGGCCUCCAUGGAUGCUGCUUACCUGGACAAAAUCUCAGAGUUGGACUCCAUGAUGUUGGAUGGAGAGAGUUCCAGUAGUCGGGGAUCACAACCCUCCCUGGCCUCCUCUCCUCCCACAGACUUGGACAACACUCUUGUCCCUGAACCACAAACAUGCACAGAUACCUUGUCAAGCCAUGGUGGCAAACUGUGUGACCAGAAGAAUGAUGCACCACGUGGCAACAUGGGUGGCACCUUGAAUGACAAAGAGGCUCCAAAGGGCUCUGCAGAGGAAAGUUUUGCUACACUGGUGUCAGGUGGGGAGAGCGCCGCCCCUGUCCCUGACUGUGCAGGGCACGGCAGGCUGUCUCAGACUGACGAACUGUCUUUUGAUUUGCUGUUUGAUUCACUGGAAGAGAAUAAGGCUGGUCCCUCUGGCUUUGUCAGUCCAGCAGAGCAAGACCGUGACCACGCAAACCCGUCCUCCUCCCCCAGCUGCACCAGUAAACCUGUGAAUGCAACAAGAGACAGACAUGCACUGAACAUCAGCCAGCCAACAAAGAGAAAGUCUCACAGUCCCUUUAACACAAGCAGUCCCACAAAACUUUCAAAGCUCAUGUGAAGGUUUUAAAAACUGAACCUGUGUUCUCACUGUGCCAUGCACUGUGUAGUUAACUUUUAUAAAAAAUAACUUUUUGACAUACUUGCUGAACUGUCCAUAUAUCCAGACAGUAGUGCACGAGACAGUUCUGAAAAUCCAUGUUUCUCUGCUUCCUUGUAGUGCUUCAAAUGACAUUUGCAAAAAUCCACCUCAGAUUUAGUAAAACAACCAAAGAGUCUCUAAGUUGUCAAUCACUGCUUGUAAACUGUGGUCAAA